AUGGCAGGCACAACUUUCGACAUUGUUGUGCUUUCCUCCUCGCCUCCUGAGCACUCGGCUCCUCCCCCGCACAUCAAUGGCCACCCACUUUGUCGCGUCGCGGUGCCUCUGUCUUCGCCGCUGAGAUAUUCUCCGCCCAUGAGCCCCCUCAGGUCGAUUUCCGGCGCACCAAGGAGUAACUCCAGGACUGCUCCCAUAACAGAAAGUGCAGUGAGGGGAUUCGCCACUGUGGGGAGUCUGGUGCAGUCAGAGUACUUUGUGGAGCCAGUGGAGGGAGAGACUCCACCAGUACAACAAGCAGGAUCGCGACGAGGAUCACGCGAAACUAUACAUGACAACAAAGUACCCACCAAGAAACCUCGAAAGCGUACAACGAAGACUACCGCAGAGGAAGACGAUGUCGAGAAACCGAAACCAAAACCGAAGCCCAGAGCACGCAAGCCCAAAGCAAACAAAGACAUCCCCGCAGCAGACCCAGAGCUACGUCUUCCUGUACCUACAAAGUCUCAUUUCUUCAACCACGAGACUACGGAAUCAACCACAGAUCCCACUGACGAAGUUGUACCCAAACUCACAAAGUCUGGUAAGCCACGAAAGCCUCGCACAAAGAAGCAGAUGGUCGAAGAACAAGGCGUAGAGUCCAUUCCAAAACCAAAGAGGACCAGAGUCACAAAGGCCAAGAAGACCACGAAAGAUGGACAGCUGCCUCGGGAGGAUGCAGCUCUGACGUCCGCUCAAAAGCGGGAUGCUGCAGGCCAGACAAACGAGGAGCUCAAAUAUUCCCUCGGACAGGGCCUAGCUCCAGUGCGAGAUGAUGCGACAAUUUGGGAGGUACCGCAAUCUCCACGGCCAAAGAAGAAGACUGCACCUAAACAGAAGAAAGUAGACCCCCUGGCAGAAGGCUUAGAUUUGGAAGAAGCUGUGACGCGACGACGAGAUUGGACACCACCAUGCGAUACUGCAGUCGUGAGCCAUUUCACAGACUCAAUAGGCAAAGAAAAUAAGUCACUGGAGCCCAACACCAACGGUACAUUUACACACUUAGUCUCCAACUUCGCUUAUGCGCAGUCGCCCUCGUUCCAAACCACUGCAACCACGACAGAAUCAGUCUCAACUAACGAGAGAAUGCCCGUUACCAAGCGACAGCGAGUCGAGCUCAUGGACAUUCCAGGUCAUCAGACAAACUCGCGAAACUCAUCGCCUGAGAAGGGAAAAGCGCCGAAGAAGAAAUCACGAACCAUCACAGAUAUUGUUACCGAGCAGUACGCACCAAAGGAGGUAUCUCCUGAUCCAAAUGCUGUCAUCAGUAACUUUUUCGACGCCAGAUCCACAACAUCCAAGGUACCGUUGAAUGACAACCCUGGCCCUGAUGGUAUUGAACCUCCGAAGAAGGCACCACGCAAACAGAACAAUUCAAAAUCUGACCUUGAGAAGACUGGGGCAAAUUCGAAGCCAAAGCGGGCACCGAAGAAGUCUGCUGCAAAGCCCAAACCAAUAUCUGAGAAGCUGCUUAGUCCAACUUCCGCACUAUCACGACUAAGCAGACAAAAUGUCUUAUUUGGAACGUCGAGUCAGCUCGCGCUCGAAGAGUCACCAGCGACGGUGCGUCAGAUUCAGCAAGCAAUGAGGGAAUCAGAGAGGGAUUCUAGUUUUCUUGAUGACUCGUUUCUUGCUGCACCACCUCGAUGGCCAAAGCUUGAACGAACGAUUGGCAGGCGGGGUCUUUGGUCUGAGAGCGCACGUGAUGCAGACGGUGGGAUGUUAGAACACAUGGAAGAUGUGCACAUACCCGAACCAGAUCGAACAGAAGACAUACAAUUGCUUAUGGAUGGAUCAAAUGAUGAUCCUGACGUGGCAGGAAGCUUCAUCGAUAUUGACGAUAUUGAGCCUCUCCCACAGCAUACGGCACCUUCAGAUUCGACUACACCUCUGCAGACAGCUUCUCAAACUAUGAAGGCUGUCGAGGUACAAGAUGAUGACUAUCCCAUGAUCGACGAUAUUUUGGAAGAACAACAACCUCCUCCUUCGAACCAGAACGCCGAGUCCCAACAUAGUUUCGCCGACAUCGAUGACUUCACCCCGCCUCCUGCUCGAGUCCAUGCAUCCGUACCAUCUCAGCUUCCUUCCCCAACGCCCGACUCUACCAACACAUCCCCCAAAAAGCGGCGCGGCCGUCCUCCUAAAUCCAAACCCGCCUCAACACCCCAACAUUCAACCCCUCGCUUCAUCGACAUCGAAGAAAUCCUCGAUUCGGAAGACGAAGCCCUCUCACCCUUCUCUCCAACCCCACCCCGCGUCCACCGCCUCGCCGACCUCCCGCCCCUCCCUCUCACCUCCCCAUCCAACCCCUCCAAAUCCUCCACCCCAGACCCAACUAUUCCGCGCAUCCACCGCAUCCCAGCCACCCACCUCGAAUGGUCCGCCAUCAAGCCCACCAUCUUCACAGCCCUGACGUCGCACAUCCGCUCCCUACCACCGACACGCGACCCGCACAACCCCUCCUGGCACGAAAAGAUACUCAUGUUUGACCCGAUUGUAAUCGAAGAUUUCACAGCCUAUGUGAAUGCAAACACGCAGGUUCGCGUGUUUAGACGGGCGACGCAGAAGCAGGUCAAGGCGUGGAAUGCAGAGCUUAAGAGAUGCGGUGGUGCGGGAGUUCUGGAUGUCCGAGACAAAGCAGAGGACGAGGUGUAUGCUGUGGAAAAGGAGUUGGAGGGGUUUAUGGUUAAGGCUUGGUGUGAGGGGCUUAGUGUGUGUUGUGUUAAUCGUAUUAAGGGAAAUGGGAGGAAGAGGAAGGGAUUUUAUUGA